CUCCCGCAAACCGCGGCGUAGCUAGGGAUUGGUGGAGAAGGCGGCGACCGUCCCCGCGGAGGCGACGACAGGGCGACCUCUGGGAGUCGCAGCAGCGCUCGUGCUGUGGUGGUCGUUAGCGUCCUGCUGGUCAGUUCCGCGUCGCCCUGCGCUGCUGCAGCCGCCGCGGAACCAUGGCUGUGCUUGUCGUGCUCCUGUCGUCCUUGGUGGCGGGUAUCUUAGGGAACGAAUUCAGUAUAUUAAGAUCACCAGGAUCUGUUGUUUUCCGGAAUGGAAAUUGGCCUAUUCCAGGAGAGCGAAUCCCAGACGUGGCUGCGUUGUCAAUGGGCUUCUCUGUGAAAGAGGACCUUUCUUGGCCAGGCCUUGCAGUAGGUAACCUAUUCCACCGUCCUCGAGCUACUGUUAUGGUGAUGGUGAAAGGAGUGGACAAGCUUGCUCUACCCCCAGGCAGCGUCAUUUCGUACCCUUUGGAAAAUGCAGUUCCUUUUAGUCUUGACAGCGUGGCAAAUUCCAUUCACUCCUUAUUUUCUGAAGAAACUCCUGUGGUUUUGCAGUUGGCUCCCAGUGAGGAAAGGGUGUACAUGGUGGGGAAGGCAAACUCAGUUUUUGAAGAUCUCUCAGUAACACUCAGACAGCUCCGCAAUCGACUGUUUCAAGAAAACUCUGUUCUUACUUCACUUCCCCUCAAUUCUCUGAGUAGGAACAAUGAAGUUGAUCUCCUUUUUCUUUCUGAACUGCAAGUGCUACGUGAUAUUUCAAGUUUGUUGUCUCGACAUAAGCAUCUAGCCAAGGAUCAUUCUCCUGAUUUAUACUCACUGGAGUUGGCAGGCCUGGAUGAAAUUGGGAAACAUUAUGGGGAAGACUCUGAACAAUUUAGAGAUGCCUCUAAGAUCCUUAUUGAUGCUCUGCAAAAGUUUGCAGAUGACAUGUACAAUCUCUAUGGUGGGAAUGCAGUGGUAGAGUUAGUGACUGUCAGAUCAUUCGACACAUCCCUUGUGAGGAAGACGAGGAAUAUCCUUGAGACAAAACAAGUGAAGGACCCCUCAACUCCCUAUAACCUUGCAUAUAAAUAUAAUUUUGAAUAUUCAGUGGUUUUCAACCUGGUACUUUGGAUAAUGAUCGGCUUGGCCUUGACUCUGAUUGUCACCUGUUACAAUAUUUGGAACAUGGAUCCUGGAUAUGAUAGCAUCAUCUAUAGGAUGACAAACCAGAAGAUUCGAAUGGAUUGAACUUUGCUUAUGCCAAACUUGGAAAGAAAGAGGGUUUGAAAAUUGGCUGUAAAAAUAAAUCUUUUAGUGUAGUUUAAACUAGAUAGUACACUUUAAAUUUAUAAAAAAUCAAAUUUUGUUCUCUUUUGUGUAUGCCUGUGAUGUUCUUUUAGAGUGAAUUAUAUAGUAUUGAUGUGAGUUGACUUGUGUGAUAUAGAUUCCAUAAUAUGCUUAAAUACGAUGAUAUAACCAUUUAAUAUAAUUUCAUUCCAUUUACUAUUUGGAAAUAUGCACUGUAAUAAAUGUAAAACAUUUAGAAUAGUUUGUGUUAUUUAUGUUGGGAAAAUGCACUGAAUUUGAAAUGUUUAACUUCCUUACACAGGACAGGUUAAAAGUGACAUUUGGGCUGUUAUAUACUAUGAACCAUUUGUAAAUGUUUUAAUGUAAAUAUCUCUGAAACAAGAAAAGGUUUCUAACUUCAAGCAGCUAUUAACUAUGAAUGUGCUUACGCAGUCACUCACAUUUUCAGUUGCAUCUGAUUGACAGAUGAUAGCUGUUUUUUUUAAUCUCUUCUGAAAGUUUGGUGAUCUGAAUGGUCAAGUGUGGAUAUUAAACAUACUACAUUAAUCUAAGAAUGAACUACUUUAAUAAACUAGCUUUGUGGAGUUAAGACACUUGUAAUCAUAUACACAAAAACAUUUGGGGGACAUCUUGGGGCAUGAUUUCAGUCAUUUUUCCCCUUGUGUAAGUUACUCUGGUUUACGGUACAAAAUCGUUCUACAUAGAAUGUUAAGUGGAAGUAGAUACUCCCUACUUUUCAUGUGAAAGUGGACCAAUGUCUAUAAAGAGUGACAAAUAAAGUUAAUAAUGAU